AUGUGUGAUAUGCUGAGGACAAGUGGGAAUUGGAAUGAUUUAAGCUUGCGUUUUGGAGUGAUUAAUUUGAAUGAGGCCAUUAUCGAACAGGUAUUACUCAAUUUAAAAGAGCCCAAUGAGGCAAAACUUGCAUUGAGUUUCUUUCACUGGUCCUCUCUUUGCAAAAAGAUCGACCAUGGCCUCAGCACAUACUGUAUCAUCGUUGACAUUCUUGUUCAAUUUGAGUUAUUUACUCACGCUCAAGCCCUUUUGGAAUCUACCAUGAAAAAGCAUUGCAUUGGGGAUUCUGGCUUUCCCAAGCUAUCUGAAUCUCUUUUAGGCACUUAUGACAUCACUGGAUCAAGCUUUCGAGUUUUUGAUUUUCUUGUUCAAACAUAUGCAAGAUUGAGAAUGUUUGAUGAAGCGAUAAGUUCUUAUUCUUUAUUGCAGAAGUAUGGGUUUUCUCCCAGUAUUGUAACCUGGAACAUUCUGUUAAAUUUUGUGCAAAAAUCGAAUCAAAGCACUCUAGUUUGGAGAAUUUAUGAAGAUAUGCUUAUGAGAAGAACGUACCCCAAUGUGAUUACUAAGGUAGAUAAGGCUAUUGGCUUAUUAACUGAUCUUUUAGACAUGGGUUUUUCGCCUGAUGAAAUAACUUAUGGUCUUCUUAUCGAUGGAUACAACAGAGAGGGUCAUAAUAUCCAAGAUACCCCUAAACUGUAUUAUAAGAUGAAAUUUAAUGGCCCUUCAAUUGGUCACAUGGCUUAUAGCUUGAUGAUUGGGGAUCUAUGUAGGCGGGGAAAGGUGAAGGAAGCGGAGAAGAUUUUAAAAGUUUGCAGAGAUAAAUUAUUAUCUCCAACAAAGAGUAUCUAUAAUAUAUUGAUUAUUGGGCAUUGUGAAAGCGGGAACAUAGAAAAGGCUCUUUAUUACUAUGAUGAAAUGAUCAGGGAUGGAUUGACUCCUCCUUCGCGUACUCUCCGAGCGCUUGCAGAGCUAGCUAACAAAGACAACACUUUGCUUAUUGUGAAUGAGGUCUUUGAUAGCCUAGCUAACAUUUAG